CCCUCCCUCAGAUAGCCUAAGCCCCACUCCAAAUGAGCUCUGGGGGGCUGGCGGCCCCGUCCCUUCCUCCCACCCCAGAAGACCCUCCUCCAAUUCGGGGCACCCGCCUGCCACGCCCCUUUCUCCGCAGCCUCCGGACACUCUUUGAAAUCCUGGAUGACCAGCAGAGUGGGACCAUCCACGUCUCAGAGAUUGAGAGCCGCUGGGGCCGCGGAGGCUCUGGGGUGACUGCCCAAGGAGACAGAGAGAGAUGCCAGCUUCCAGCCGGGGUCCUCCAGGCCCUCCAGCAGGUGGCAGAGCCCUGUGGGGGCUAUUUGAGCUUUCCCCGCCUGGUGGCUGGAUUGAGAAUUGCCCUCCUCCGGGCGGAAGAAGAGGAAGAAGCGGAGAAGGCGAGAGAGGGCGCAGGAGCUGGCCAAGCCGAGGGUGGACAGAGCUCAUCCCAGUCUAUGAAGAACCUGAGCCGGAUACGAGAAUCUGAUGGGAAAGGAGUCUCUCGGUCCCGCAGCAUCAACAGCUCCCUGUGCCAAGCUGGGCGACGCAGGAAUAUCCGAAUCCUGAAGGAGCCACGCCGGCACACCAUUUCCAAUGCCAUGGAAUAUGAUACGCUGAAGCAGAUGCAGGAGCUGGAACGGCAGCGGGACGUCUUGCUGCAGGGGCUGGAGAUGGUGGACCAGGUGCGCGACUGGUUCCAGCGCCACCUGCUGGAGGCCCAGAGACGCCAGACACACAUGGGAGCUGAGGCGACCUGUUUCCCCGACCCUUAUGCCAACCAGAGCUGCCUGCUGCUGGCCAAGAUCCAGGAAGUGAAUCUGUGCUUGAAAAAUCUGCUCACUUCUCCUGGAAAGACUGAAGUUCCGCUGGGUGGUUUUGGGGUCCCCCUUUAUUCACCAGGAAAAAAGGAGUUUCACCAGCAAGCGGUCACUGUCCUCAAAGAACAGAACCACCUACUGAUCAAGGAAGUGUCUGAAAAAAGUGACCGCAUUGCCCAGCUGGAACAAGAAAAAGCAGCGCUGUGCAAGCAACUGAAGGAGAGCCGAGGUUACCGACUACCCAGCCACAAGGAGUCCACCUUUAUUUAACCAUCCAGGUCAACAGUGAAUAUGGUGACAACUUUUCUCUG